AUGGGGACAGUUGUGGGGGUGCCAAGAGUGGAGGUGACAGUUGUGGGGGUGCCAAGAGUAGAGGUGACAGUUGUGGGGGUGCCAGCAGUGGAGGUGACAGUUGUGGGGAUGCCAGGAGUAGAGGUGACAGUUGUGGGGGUGCCAAGAGUGGAGGUGACAGUUGUGGGGGUGCCAAGAGUGGAGGUGACAGUUGUGGGGGUGCCAAGAGUGGAGGUGACAGUUGUGGGGGUGCCAGGAGUGGAGGUGACAGUUGUAGGGGUGCCAGGAGUGGAGGUGACAGUUGUGGGGGUGCCAGGAGUGGAGGUGACAGUUGCGGGGGUACCAGCAGUGGAGGUGACAGUUGUGGGGAUGCCAGCAGUGGAGGUGACAGUUGUGGGGGUGCCAGGAGUGGAGGUGACAGUUGCGGGGGUACCAGCAGUGGAGGUGACAGUUGUGGGGGUGCCAGCAGUGGAGGUGACAGUUGUGGGGGUGCCAGGAGUGGAGGUGACAGUUGUGGGGGUGCCAGGAGUGGAGGUGACAGUUGCGGGGGUACCAGCAGUGGAGGUGACAGUUGUGGGGAUGCCAGCAGUGGAGGUGACAGUUGUGGGGGUGCCAAAAGUGGAGGUGACAGUUGUGGGGGUGCCAGCAGUGGAGGUGACAGUUGUGGGGGUGCCAGGAGUGGAGGUGACAGUUGUGGGGGUACCAGCAGUGGAGGUGACAGUUGUGGGGGUGCCAGCAGUGGAGGUGACAGUUGUGGGGGUGCCAGCAGUGGAGGUGACAGUUGUGGGGGUGCCAGCAGUGGAGGUGACAGUUGCGGGGGUACCAGCAGUGGAGGUGACAAUUGCAGGGUGCCAGCAGUGGGGUGGGGGUGACAGUUGUGUGGGGGUGCCAGGAGUGGAGGUGACAGUUGUGGGGGUGCCAGCAGUGGGGGUGACAGUUGUAGGGGUGCCAGCAGUAGAGGUGACAGUUGUGGGGGUGCCAGCAGUGGGGGUGACAGUUGUGGGGGUGCCAGCAGUAGAGGUGACAGUUGUGGGGGUGCCAGCAGUGGGGCUGACAGUUGUGGGGGUACCAGCAGUGGAGGUGACAGUUGUGGGGGUGCCAGCAGUGGAGGUGACAGUUGUGGGGGUGCCAGCAGUGGAGGUGACAGUUGUGGGGGUGCCAGCAGUGGAGGUGACAGUUGUGGGGGUGCCAGCAGUGGAGGUGACAGUUGUGGGGGUGCCAGCAGUAGAGGUGACAGUUGUGGGGGUGUCAACAGUGGAGGUGACAGUUGUGGGGGUGCCAGCAGUAGAGGUGACAGUUGUGGGGGUGCCAGCAGUGGAGGUGACAGUUGUGGGGGUGCCAACAGUGGAGGUGACAGUUGUGGGGGUGCCAGCAGUGGAGGUGACAGUUGUGGGGGAUGCCAAGAGUGGAGGUGACAGUUGUGGGGGUUCCAGGAGUGGGGGUGACAGUUGUGGGGGUGCCAGCAGUGGAGGUGACAGUUGUGGGGGUGCCAGCAGUGGAGGUGACAGUUGUGGGGGUGCCAGCAGUGGAGGUGACAGUUGUGGGGGUGCCAGCAGUGGAGGUGACAGUUGUGGGGGUGCCAGCAGUGGAGGUGACAGUUGUGGGGGUGCCAGCAGUGGAGGUUACAGUUGUGGGGAUGCCAGCAGUGGAGGUGACAGUUGUGGGGAUGCCAGCAGUGGGGGGGGGGAGACAGUAGUAGCUGUAGGUGCCCCGCUCUAA